CUGUUUAGAUCGCUCCUUGUAAUCAACACAGCCUACGAGGGUCCGUACACAGUCGUCCGUUUUCAUCGCACCUUCCUCGGUCACGCUGUGGAAACGCGUCGGUAUUUGCGAACCCGUCCUAUCCGAUUACGUCCGCAGACUUGGCAUCAUAUGAUCAUUACCUCCAGCCGAGUCGGGACUGCUGUGCUGGUAGAUUGCAAACCUGUGCGUGCCGCCCAAUCCAUUCGAACCACAGUUGCACCAUCUUCAUGGUCCGCUCGACUGGGCGCAGACCGGAGCCGUACAGUUGACACGGAGAAUCAUAUAAUCGGCUAUGUGGGCCAAAAGAAUGCCACUCGAAACUAUUGGACGGUGAGCCAUGCACGAGAAAUAUCAUUAGCUGAACUGGAAUGUAUGUCAAUCCAAUGUGACCAGCAUAAUAAUGAAAAAGAAUUCUAG